AUGGAUGCGAACACGAUACAGGAGCUCAAUGAGGUCCGCAAGGCGAUGGGCCUCAAGCCCUUGCCCGUACCAAACGCGGCCCCAGCUGCGCCCAAAGAAUCCUCGAAGGAUGACACGGAGGAAGUCGCCAGCACCAUAGAGACGCGUGAGGCUGCUGCGGGCGACAAUUACAGGAAGGUUCUCGAAGCCGAGAAGGCCAAACGGGACCGCGAGGCAAGGAUAGCAGCCAUCAAGAAAGAGCGCGAUAGAGCCCAACGACUGGCCACCCUAAAGGGGCAGGGCCUGGGCGACCUCGACGAUGAGGACGAUGGAGACGCCAAGUCCUGGCUGAAGAGCAUGAAAAAGAAGCAAAAGAAGAUCGCCGAGUCCAGGAGGCUGCAAGAGGAGGCAGACGCCGCCGCCGAAGCUGCCAGGAGGACCGCCGACUACUCUUCCAAAGACCUCGCCGGUGUCAAGGUCGGGCACGAUAUGUCGGCGCUCCUAGACGGCGAUGACCAGAUCCUCACGCUCAAGGACAGCGCUGUCCUGGGCGAUGACGACGAGGGCGAUGAGCUCGAGAACCUGGGUCUACGGGAGCAGGAGAAGCUCAACGAAAAGCUGAACCUGAAGAAGAAGAAGCCUGUGUACGACCCCAACGAGAUUGAUGAUACGGGCGAACACAGCAUUCUGGCUCAGUAUGACGAAGAAAUCAACGGUAAAAAGAAGAAGACUUUCAAUCUGGACGGGAAGGGCACAAUUUCAGAUCUUGCCGAUAUUCUCGAGGCCCCAGCCCAGCGGAAGAAGAUGCUACAGAACCUCGACGUCGACAUCAUGCAGGAUACCCCAGUCUCUGACUAUCUCGACCCCUCAGAAAUCAAGGUCAAGAAGCCCAAAAAGAAGAAGAAGAGUAAAUCAACACGCCAACGGGACGACGAGGAUGCGUUGUUUCCAGGAGACCAGGAACCGCCAGCUGCCGAAGCCAUGGACAUUGAUCCUGCGCCGAGCGCACGGAAGCGCAAGACAAUCGACGACACGUUUGUGGAUGAUGAAGAUCUGCAGGCGUCUCUAUCCAUUCAGCGCAGACAGGCUCUGAAAAAGCAGAAGCGGGUUCGGCCAGAGGACUUGGCCAAACAGCUCAGAGCGGAGGCCGCCCAGGGUGCCCAGGAUGAUGAUCAAGAAGCGGACCAAGGAGGCCUUAUUCUUGACGAGACGUCAGAAUUCCUGAGUGCCAUAAACAAGCCUGCAGAAGACGAGGUCUCGCGGCCGAGGAAAAAGUCCAAGUCCAGAGAACCUGUCACGGCAAUGGAUGACGAGGACUCGGACGAGGAAAUGGGGAAUGCGCCACAAUUCAAAGAGGAGUCGGCUGAAAGAGACGUGUCAGCAGCACCAGAAGAACUCGCAACAACAGGUGUUGAUGAGGAAAAAUACGUCGCACAAGGGUUGGGUGCGACAUUGUCACUCCUCAAAGAGCGCAAGAUCAUCGACGAAGACAACAGCGGCGCGGAGAAGAAUGAGCACUUCCGCCGAAGAGAGCUCUUCCUCGCGGAACAGGCGCGGUUGAUUGCGCAAGUAGAUGAGGACGCCAAGCUGCAGCGCGAGCGAGACCGAAAGAGCGGCCACCUGGACCGCAUGAACGCUCGCGACAGAGAAGAGUACGCCCGCAGACAGAAUGCGGAGCGUGAGUUCAAAUUGUCCAACAUUCGGGCGCAACUUCUCAAGAAGCAUCAGUUUAAUGUCGAGCUCAAGUAUGUGGACGACCAGGGCCGUCACCUCAAUCAGAAGGAGGCAUUCAAGGAGCUGUCACACCAGUUCCACGGCAAGACUAGCGGCAAGGGAAAGACAGACAAGAAGCUGUCCAAGAUCGAACAGGAGAAGAGCCGUAUUGCCAAGAGCAUUUUCGAUGCUAGUGGUGAAGCGGGAAUCUCGUCGGCCACAGCUCAGCAGACGAAGAAGCAAAAAGCAGCCGGCGUGCGUCUGGCAUGA